AACUAUGGUGGUUAAUGAAGAUUACUGCUCACUUGUUCGAGGUGUGAACUCUCUGGAUUUGUCUGGGGACAGUUUUCCCUGCAAGCUGCUUCUAGAUGGAGAUUCUGCAUUCCCAGUGAUAGUGUCCUCUUCAAGGGACGUGCUUAUAGCUGCCUCUCGCUAUGGGAAGGGCCGUGUGGUCGUUACUGCUCAUGAAUCAUAUCUUGACAGACAGCAGCUAACCACUUUCCUGCAGAAUGCUGUGACCUGGCUGAUGCCAUCCCCAGGGUCAGUCAUCGGGGUGCAGAGUUACCUAGAUCUUCUGGCUCAGACACUUUCUGCUGCAGGCUGCGCUGUUGAGAGGACCUCUGGCCUAAAAACAGGUCUUGGAGUGCUGUGUAUCAGUGGCUAUGAUGACCAUGAUGCCCAGAACAUCAUUUCCUUUGUGCGUGAGGGAGGAGGGCUUCUGAUUGGUGCCCAGGCCUGGUACUGGUCCUACAGCCACAAAGAGGAAAACGUUCUACACAACUUCCCUGGAAAUAAAAUAACAUCAGUUUGUGGGAUUUACUUCACUGGAGCAUAUGGUGAGACUGCUAAAAUAAAUGUGAGCCCAGAGAUCCCCAGAGGCCUUGUCUAUGUGCCAACGAACUUCUCCUCUGAUCUGAAGCAUCUUCUGCUAGACGUGUCUCAUCUGAACAUUAGUGGAGAGGCUCUUCCUUCAGAACUUCUACUUCAUGGAUCUUUUGCAUUUCCCAUUGGGCUGACUGAUUUAAACCAAUGUUUUCUGGCUGCUACAUAUCAUGGUAAAGGACGUGUGGUUGUAGGUACACAUGAAACUCAUCUCUCCUCACCACAACUCCAAACAUUUGUUCUGAAUGCCAUAUCAUGGUUGGCCAUUGGGAAAAAAGGACCAACUGGUGUUAACAGCUCCCUGACACAAUUGUAUCAACUCCUGCAGCAAAAAAACAUCCCCAGCAAGGUGACAAAUCUGGUUUCUGAUAUUGGUGUGUACUGCUGUGACUCAUAUAGUGACAAUGAGGCAGAAGCCAUCCAGCAGUUUGUAGCCGAAGGAGGAGGUCUCCUGAUUGCUGGUCAUGCAUGGUACUGGUCCAGUAAGAAUUUCGAGCGUGAGGUGGUUUCUGAUUACCCAGGGAACAAGAUCAUAAACAAAUUUGGAAUUAGUAUUCUUGCAAGCACUGCCAAGCAAGGCAAUUAUAAUAUUAGAAAUCCCGAUGAAUCUUCAAAAUUGUAUAAUUUCCGUAUGGCCUUAAGUCAGUAUCUCAACAACCUGCAGACUGUAGACGAUUUGAAGCCCCCUCUGAGCCACUGGCUCUCUAUAUUUAAACAGCAUGUCUGCAAAUUCAUGAGGCUACCAGGAAGCCCCCUCAUAUCCUCCAUACAGCAAGAGUUGAUAGAAAUAAUACAGCGCUGUGAGAUUCCAAACAUCAGCAAACAGAAUCCUGUGAGUGGUGGAUCUAAAGAAGCUUUGCUAGCAAGUCUGAUUCACGAGAUCUGCGACUUAAAUAUGGAAUCAUCUGUAACAGUACUCAUUGAUGGUACAAAUCCAGGUCAUAAUGUUUGGAGAAGCACCGGACUUUAUCUUCCACCAAGAAGGACAGCGACUCUUGUAUUCCCAGCAACAAUGAUGGGGAAAGGGCUUCAGGUGCAAGUUGGCUGUCAAACUGAUGACCUGAGCAAUGCAGAAACGUUGUUUCGUGCCCCGUUGGUUACACAUAAAGUUGGAGUUGUUACAGAAAGGACUUCGGUAUCAUGUGUCUGGGGAGGACUUCUUUACAUCAUUGUGAAAGCUAAGAGCCAGCUUGGUGUUUUCCCAGUUAAAGUACAUGGAGCAAAGCGGGCCCCAACCUUUAUACACGGGCAGACAAGCCUCUCUUCUUGGAAGGAUAUGAUCCACCACUCCACAUCUCCAUGGGCUGAACUAAUCACAGAAAACAUUAUCCUGACUGUACCCACUGACUCUAUACGAUCACUGGAAGACCCUAAUCCUGUGCUCUCUCUGUGGAACAAAAUCAUGAUCGCAAUCGCUGACCUUUCUGCAACUCCCAGGAAAUACCUGCGGCCUGAGAGAUUUGUGGCUGAUGUUCAGAUCUCUGCUGGUUGGAUGCACGCUGGGUACCCUAUCAUGUGCCAUUUAGAAUCAAUCGGUGAUCUCACAGAUGUCCAAAACAUGCAACGUUCUGGUAUUUGGGGCCCCAGUCAUGAGCUUGGACACAAUCAGCAAAGAAAUGAAUGGGAAAUUUACCCAAACACAACAGAGGCCACGUGUAACCUUUGGUCUGUGUAUGUGAAUGAGACCGUGCUGGGGAUACCACGGGAAAAAGCUCACGGUGAUCUAAAUCCGAGCAUACGCAGCCAUAGAGUAAAUAUGUACCAACAAAAUGGGGCCAAACUGGAGGACUGGCAUGCAUGGACUGCACUGGAGACCUAUUUGCAGUUGCAGGAGGGCUUUGGAUGGGAUCCCUUUAAGAAGCUCUUCGCCCAGUACCAGACCAUGACCGGCGUACCAAGUGACAACGGGUCAAAGAUGAACCUGUGGGCAGAAUUGUUCUCUCAGGCUGUGCAGAGGAACCUGGCUCCAUUCUUUACUGCCUGGGGAUGGCCCAUUGAUCCAGAAACCAGUAGGAAGUUAUCUGUACUCCCUAUGUGGGAAAAUAAUCCUAUGAAGUAACUUCUAAUGAUUAAACCAAAAUGAGUUAUACACA